CCUCAUGUCAACCUCGUCUCUCAGACACAAUUAAUGUGGGCCGUUGCUCCCUGAUAACCAAACACAUCCUUAUUAGGGAAGAACCAUUCUUGGGCAGGGUUAGAUCCCAAACCAAUGGUAAGACAUCGGGACUGGCUAUAUAAAACGCUCUGUGAGAUGAAAACUUUCACAGAGCUUAAUUCUCAAGAAGAAGCUUGAAAAUGGUGUCUAGAAAGGUCUUGUCCAUCGAUGGCGCUAUCACCUUUGUGGUUGUCGUGGUUGUCCUCGUUCCAUCGGUACUGCUGAUUCCUGAAAAGUUCGAAGAUACGUUCAUGAGGAAGUGCUCGGAGUUUAAAGAGAAAAAAGAAAUCUGUGAAAAAGCAUGGGUUAUCUUUGAAAAAGCCUAUGUAGGGAAGGACCCGGAUACUGUCACUCCUGACAAAUACAACGAUCUCUUUGAUGAGUUCCCCUUCAAGUAUCCAUGCGAAAAAUCACUGCUGUGGAGCAAAACAGGUCAUUUGCUCAAGUUGGUUGAAAAAGGAAAAUGCUACGUCCCCAUUGUACACACUAUGUUGGGAUACGUGCUGGACGGUUUGAUCUGGUGUGGGAAGAAGAACAGCCCGAAAACUUUCACUGAUGACACGUGUGUGGCAACCGAUAUCAACCCUUUUAUUUCAUUUUGGACAACGGCCUCCAUCAGGUAUACACAACAUGCCUGUAAAGAAGUCAAAGUGCUGCUGAAUGGAGAUGUGACAGACCCAUACGAUAUUGACAGUUUCUUAAGUAAUUCUGAGGUACCAUAUCUUGAACAUCCCAGAGUGACGAAACUGGCUGUUAUUCUGGCUGUUGAGAAGGAAGGGACGCAGUGCAACGACAAAUCCCUCAAGAAUUUAAAAAAUUAUGUGGAACAAAAGAAAAUCGUUUACGAUUGCAAGGAAGUGUUCAAGUAAGUUCACUGAAGAUCACGAGAAACAUCGUUCUAUGCUGAGGUUGUCACAUAUCGAUCAUGUUUAUUCCUUUUGUGCUUUGUAUUGCUGUUAUCUGUUUUUAGAAGCUGUGAGCUCUUUUAGUAUCAUCACAUCUUUGGUCCUUUUGGUCUCAGCUCGUGUUGUUGGGUUCUUGUGUUGCCUGCGUUCUUUUUGUGGGUGUCUUAUGAUGGUCAGGUUAAAUGUGUUUGUUGGGUCUAUUGUUGUGUGGGUUCUUAUGCUGUUGGGUUGUUUCUUUGUUGUUCUGUAUUAUGUUGCAUUGUCUAUAUUCUUGCUGUUGUUUAUGUUUGUCUGUGUUUGCUCUUCUGUGUUUGGUUUCUUUUCCUUUAUUCUUUUUUUCAU